AAAAAAAGAGGCAGCCAUCCAGACGAGAAACUCUUAGUCGGCAACAAGCCAUUAUCCCAGAACACUGGACUACGACGUAGUAGAUACAGCGGACUCUCGCUAAGACAGCUUGACCAGUUCUUUUUCACAGCACUUACAAUGACCGUGAACUUCUCUGCUGUAAUUUAAGGGGACGGCUUAAGAGAACGUCCUCCACACUGACGAUGCUGGGGAUUCUUCAUCCGUGUCCACUGGUGGGAACCAGUCUUCAUGCCCUGUUUCCCUCCAGACCCUCUGACUAGGGGACUGACAGACCUGCGAUGUUCUGAGAGACAGUUAGUCAGGCUAUCUUAUUCACGAGGACCAUUUGAGGACUGUGUCGUGUCCAGGUAGCUGCCAUGCUGUGGCCUCCUUCCCCCCUGCCCUGGUCGCUACUCCUGCAGGCCCUGCUGGUGUGUGUGAGUUUGGGGGAGCCAACCGGGGAGCCAUCUGGAAGUAGCAGCACCGCUAACACAACCAGCCCUUCUCCUGCUGCCUAUCGCCGGGACUUCUCCAUCCAGCACGGACCCUGCAGCUACACCUUCCUUCUGCCUGAACACAGGGCUGUGGCUGGGGGUCCUGCUUGCUGGCACGGGGCGUCAGGGGGGCAGGACGGGGAGAACACACUGCAGGGGGAUCCUCCCCACCAGCCUCCCAACCCCCCCAGCCCGAGGAUCCAACAUCUGGAAGACCUCAUGGAGAACUACACUCAGUGGCUCCGCAAGAUUGAACGCUACGUGAAGAACAAUCUUGGGGGGGAGAUGGCUAAAAUGCAGCAGAACGCAGUACACACCCAAACUGCAGCCAUCUUGGAUUUGAGCACCAACCUCAUCUCCCAAACUGCUCAGCACACCAGGAAGCUGACAGAUGUAGAGACCCAGGUGUUGAAUCAGACAUCGAGGUUGGAGAUCCAGCUGUUGGAGAACUCCCUGUCCACCAACAAGCUGGAGACUAGGCUGCUCCAGCAGUCUACUGACAUCAGACAGCUGCAUGACAAGAAUGGCUUGCUGGAACAGCGGAUCCAGGAAACGAAGCUUCGCCAUGGAGACGGUUUGGAAUCCCUGCUCGGUGAGAUGUCCGGUCUGCGUGUGCUCCUGGCCAGGCAGAACGCAACGAUCGCCGAGCUGCAGACCCGCCUGGAGCAGGCCAUAGGGAACAACAGCAUCCUGAUGAGCCAGCAGCAGCAGCUUACUGACACUGUCAACAACCUGCUCAGACUCUGCUCCAAGGACAGGGUGGCCUUGCCCAGCUUCAAGCAGAGAGAUGAGGAGAGGAGGUUCAGGGACUGUGCUGAUGUCCACCAAGCAGGCUUCAACAGCAGUGGGGUCUACACCAUCCAUACAUCUGUACUGGACACCAGGAAGGUGUACUGUAACAUGGAAUCAUCCCGGGGCGGGUGGACGGUCAUCCAGCUCAGGUCAGACGGGACCACAGACUUCCACCGCACCUGGAAGGAGUACAAGAUGGGUUUUGGCAGUGUGUUUGGAGAGCACUGGCUGGGUAACGAGCUGCUCUUCCUGCUGACCAGCCAGCGUCCGUACAUCCUGAGGGUGGAGCUGACUGACUGGGAUGGACAGACAGCCUUCUCCCUGUACGACCGCUUUGCCGUCGCCAGCGAAAAACAUAACUACAGGCUGUUUCUUAAGAGCCACAGUGGGACAGCUGGAAGACAGAGCAGCCUGGUUAUCAACGGAGCCGACUUCAGCACCAAGGACAAGGACAAUGAUAACUGCAUCUGCAAGUGUGCCCUUAUGCUGACUGGGGGUUGGUGGUUCGACGCGUGUGGGCCCUCCAACCUGAAUGGGAUGUAUCACUCUCAGGGCCAGAACACGGGCAAACUCAACGGCAUCAGGUGGCACUACUUCAAAGGCUCAAGCUACUCUCUCCGCUCCACCGCCAUGAUGAUUCGGCCUCUUGACUUCUGAGACAGAGAGAGACGGAGUGCUUCAUUUGACAUGCCCGUCCAGCGCAACUUUCCUCUGGACGGGGCAGCAGCUGAUUCUCUUCCCCUGUAUCACCGCUGUAAUUUACCGUAUACCACUCUUGUGAAUAUUUCGAGAGUCGGCAAGAUGACAUGUUUGCUGACAGACUUGUGUCCCUUUGGAAAAGACAGUAAGUAACUUAUUUCAUCAGCCACCAUCUCACCCCCAUAGAGCCAAUAUCAGCUCUGGAUGCAUGGAAUCCGUUUAUAAUGACUCUUCUCUGUGGUAACUGAUCCAUAGCAUAUACUGCCCCCUAAUGUUUAAACAUGGAAUCUGGAAUCUCAGCUGCAUCCUUCUUCUACAUCUAUUUUCAUCAGUAAAUAGUGAGAGAUAUUUGACAAAAUAGAGUAAAAUGUUUGAUGUAUUAAGUGAGUGUGAACUAUUUUAUGUUCUCGUUUUGAGUUUUAUUGUGUGUUUCAGAUAGGAUUUUACAGUACAUGAUCCUUAAAAAAUGCAGAGUAGUGAAUUGAUUUCUUAAUAAAGUGGUUAGGGUUAGGAUAUAAUAUUAUUACAUAUUAUUACAAUGCUAAGAUGAUAAGCCUUUCUCAGGUAAAAAGUACUAGAUAGACAUGCUAAAACAGAGCUCCACUCAGAUUCUGCCUGCAUUAUCACAACCUCUUUCAAAGAGUCACUUAAUUGGACCUGGGUGAGCAUUGACAUAAACCCAUACGUAUCCAAAGAAGACUUUCAGCGACUGCAAGACUAUCAUUGAUCAACCAUUAUCUAUUUAGGGUGUUUAAACUGAGUUUAAAUAGGUUUGAAUCUGGGGCGUGGGCCCAGUUCUGAUCAAGCUUUGGUGUACCAUGUAAACGGUGACAUUGACCUACCUCUGGUAAACGGUGUGAACUAUUCUCAGAUAGGUUUGAGUCAUCGGGUAUGGAACAUCGUAUGCAAAUAAUUCAAGCGUGUAAUCCAAGUUGGCUGCUUUCCAUCAGUUUUUUUUAUACAUUAAAACCAUAAACAACAUAGUUGUUCCACUCUACACGCUACAUGUUUCACAGGCAGUCUGCGUGCGUGUGUGGAGGAAUAAUAUUACUCUGUGAAUUAAGGAGGGGUGUCUAUCGGUUCACACAGGCAUGUAUCAGGAACAUAAAUACUUAGUUGAUGUACAGGAACUGCUAUGCCACUGUUAUUUCUAAUGGGGAAUAAAGUCAAGGAAAUUUGAACAUA